UUUUUGAAAAUAACGAUGUAUUUUUCCUUUUUGAACAUAUUUCAACUUGAACAUUUAAAAUUGAACUUAAUCUAAGACUGCACAGCUGAAAUCAACGAAUCGACAAGAUGAGGAUGUGCCCUCCUAAAAGUUGUAUUUUUAUAACAGAUCAAGGUAUAUUAAGCCACGAAAUUUGUAACGCCUAGAAAGAAACGUCGGAGGCGAAAAAAGUGCAUGUACAUAAGUAAACAAGCAUGUACAUAAGCAUAAAACUGACCAGCAUGACGACUACUUUAUCAUAUAGCUGCCAUACAAACUGAACGACCAAAAUGAAAUUCUUGUAGCGUGUUACCAUGACAGGAAACCCCAUGAUAAAGCCAUUUGAACAUUCAAUCACCUAUUGACCUAUAUUCAAUUCAUAAAUCAACUGAAGAAAAUACUAUGGAUACCAAUCUACAUUCAAAAAAUUCAUGAACUUAAUUAUUAUAUUGUGCAAAGAAAAAAAGAUGCAAGCAGAUCAGCAGCAGAGUAAACGUACACGUUCAUAUGUGGAGGAGGUUUUCCGGCUAAUAGAAGAAAAACCCGAUAUAGUGGAUAUUAUUAUAUUGAACAAAAAUGGCAAUCCCGUCAAGACAACAAUGGAGAAACAAAUGGCUAUUGAGUUUGUUGGUCUAUAUGAAAUAUUAAAGGAAAAAGUUCAAUUGGGCUUACAGAAGAUUGAUCCGAAAGAUGAGUUAUUAAUGCUACGUGUUCGCACAAAAGCCAAUGAAGUACUUAUAACGCCAGAUGGUAAAAUUACUGUAAUGGUGAUACAAAAUGCGCAGGAUAGAAUACAGUUAUGAAUUGUAAUUUCAAAUAUAAAAAGAUUGUACAAAACCAAAAUAUACAAAAUCAUAUAUGUUAUAGAUGGUUAAAUAUAA